AUGAAUACCCUAUUAACAAGAAAUGCCUUUAGGCAAAAACAAUACACCGUGUUCAAACGGAUAAAGAGGACUCUUACAAUUCUACACAAACCUAAACCGGUUGAGUUGGUGCAUAGGAUCCAUGGUCCCAGCCCUACACCAGACCGCGUGCCUAUAAUCGUCCUCCAUGAGUUCAUGGGCUGCAAGCAAAAUUGGCAGAGCAUGUGCAAAAAAAUAACAGCGCAAACGAAUAGAACUGUGAUAGCAGUGGACGCUCGUAACCAUGGCGACAGCCCUCACACUGACUCCCACGAAUACUUUGACCUAGCAGCUGAUGUCACUAAAUUAUUAACAAAUAUUUCAGUUAAAAAGGGCAUUAUUAUCGGCCACGGUAUGGGAGGCAGAACAGGAAUGGUUUUAGCUUUAACAGAGCCAUCUAAAGUUGCGAGUCUGGUCGUAGUUGAUAUAUCGCCAGUGUCGACCACAAGCAGUCUGAAAAACUUCUUCCCGAAGGUCUUGGAUGUUAUGAUGAACGUGGAUUUUAAAGCGAAAGAAUUAAUGCAGGCUCAAAUGGAAGCCAAAAAUGUUAUUAUGCAAAAUGAAUUGUUCCGCCAUCAAGAGGAUAUGUACUUCAUUCUAAUGAAUAUUGGAAAGUUAUCCGAUAAUACUUAUGGGUGGAAGUGUAAUGUCCAGGCCUUAAAGAAUAAUUUUGAUAGUAUCGCUUCUUUUCCUAUUAGCGUUUUAACUGGAAGGACCUACAAUGGUCCGGCGCUAUUCGUUGGUGGCUCACGAUCAUCCUUUAUUCCCGUUGACGAUUUGACGGGGAUCCACAGGUUCUUUCCUAAAGCUGUUCUGCACUACAUCGAAGGUGCUGGACACAACGUACACGCUGAAGAUCCAAGCGCCUUUGCUAAAGCAGUAAAAGAAUUUUUAACGUUCACAGAAAAGAAGAAAGUUAAAGCUUAA